AUGAUAUCUCAACUACAAAUGUCCUAUCUCGUUAGUCAACUCAGAACAGAUACUGAAGAAGAUUCCCGGGCGCCGGUGUCGGGUCUGGAAAUAUUAAAGGGUGGGCCUUUACUAAUUUCUACAGAUAACUUCUCAGAUUCAUCCACAGAUUCACUUGCCCUGCAGAAAAAUAACACAAAUUCUGCUGAAGUCAAACAGGCCAUAAUGUCUUAUCUAAAAAUACAUGAAAUAGAGAAGAAUUUUGACACCAUCACAAGAGAAUUCGAAAAUUCCAUCCAUGAGUCGCUUCAGAAAUCCCAAAACUGCAUGUUGCCUUGCUUCAAUGUUGUCUGUGAUUCAAACUGUCUGCCCGACGAAUACUAUGCAGUGAUUGAUAUUGGCGGUUCGACUUUACGUAUUUCGGUAAUAAAGUUUUUAGAAGAAAAUAAGGCGGAGUGUAUUAUCAAUAAAUCAUGGGUUAUAUUUGAUGAUAAUAAGCAUUUAGACCAACAAUUCUUUGAAUGGAUUGCAGGUAAUUUUAAAUCUUUGAUUGCAAACGACAUGAAGGUUUUGCUGGAGAAUUCUAGGGGCUCUAUGAAAGUGGGUAUUACUUGGAGUUUCCCCCUAUUACAAAUUGAGGCACCAAACAGAGCUGUUGUUUCUGAUCUAGGUAAAGGAUUUUCUGUAUGCUUGGAAUUUAAAGGUAAAGAUUUGAAGGAUAUCUUUGAAGAAUCUUUUACCAGAUUUGGUCUUGACAUUGAAAUCUAUGCAAUUAUAAACGAUUCGGUUUCUGGGUUUGUUGCAGGGUCUUAUUUGAUAAACUCCAAGCUUGGAUUAGUUCAGGGAACCGGUGUUAAUUCUUGCUUCUUUGUUGACAAAGAGAAACUCUCCUAUGGAAAGAUUGGAUUUCUAAAGCCCAAUUUUGGAGAGGAGAAAAUCCUAGUCAAUGCCGAAGCUUCUUUUUUGGGGUAUCACCUCUUCCCCCAUAUAAGUGAGGCAGACAAAGAAAUGAACCCAUUGUGGGACGUAAUAUCCGAGCAAGAAUUGCCCUAUCCGCACAUGACAACGGGCGACUAUGGUGUGUUCCAGCCUCUUGAGGUGAUUACCUCGGGGAGAUACAUACCUGAGAUAAUUCGGAGGAUUCUUAUGAAGACCAUGGACAUGGAAAAGCAUUCAGAAGGAGGCGCCGAAUAUUCCCUGUCUGCCGAAUUACUCGGCGAAUUGUGUUUGUCUGAUGAUGAUGAUGAUGAUGAUGAGGUAAGAGGCAAACUGUGCACGGCUUUACAAUUGGAAUAUAUAUCAAAGGAUGAAAUUGGAAUCCUCAAGAUUAUAACAGAGGUGGUGAUCCAUCGUGCCUCAAUUGUUCUUGCUUCCUACAUUAUUGCCAUGUUGCGAGUCUCUGGCCACAUCGACACCGACAUUUUGACCAUCUCCGUUGUUGGGUCCAUGUUGCAGCAUUUCCCAAGGUACAAGGAAACCGUUCUUGAAAUACUGGGGAAUAAAAAACAUAUAUACAAGCUACCCAAUAUUACUUUUGGAUUUGUCGAGGAUAGCAGUAUCUACGGCGCCGCCAUUGCAGCAUGUGCAACCCAGAGAAGUCUAUGUUUAUAG